GGUUAGUGUAAGUAAAUUUGCAGUCGAAAAAAUCAAGUGAAGUUCUCAACGUUCCUCGCCCUUCGGUGUUUUAGUUAUUUUUAUUAUUUAUAAUUAUUUGUAUUUUUUCUUAAACUUAUUACGUGCGCGUGUGUGUUUGUGUGUUUGUUUUGUAGUUACAAUAAUAAUUAUUUUUUACUUUUAUAACGUGUGCCCGAUAGCGCUAUUGUACGCCAUUACUGCUGCCCCGGAUUUGACAUAAUUCAAUUUACCGUAUGAUGAGUUGGAUUUAUUAUAAUGCCGGCCGCAAGCAAUCAAAUAGGUUCUGCUUUGUUUCAGUCUCUUUCUAACAAAGUUACUGAUCGACGGAUUCAUCAUUCUUCUGUGGCAGACGACCGUUCUAGUUAUUUAUACAUAGCAUCAAGUAGAAUUUUAGAUAAAAGUAUAGAAUUUGAAAUGUUAGACCAUAAACCUUCAAUGUUGUCUCAGAUGAAAAACAAUUGUAUUAUGUUACUGCAAAAUGGUUGUAGUAAAAAAGAUAUGAUUAAAAAAAAUGAAAGGAUGAAUGGUGAUACUAACAAAAUAUCCCAUUUACCUAAACCUAAAGUAGUGUUAUAUCCUCCUGAACGUGUACAACUAGGCUGGCAAGAUAAAAAAAUGUCAGUUGGUUCUGGAUUAGAUAAUCCUGGUGUAAUAUGUUACAUCAAUUCUACAUUACAAGCGCUAUUUCAUAUUCCUGCAUUUACAAAUUGGCUAAUGAAUGAUGAACAACAUCAAAAAACAUGUCAACAGAAAACUGGAUUUCAAAAAGAUUGUAUCGUAUGUAUGGUCUGUAAUACAUUUACACUAUCUCAAAAACACACUGGUUCUAGCUUCAAAGCAUCAAUUAUUACUAAUCGCCUAUCUUUAAUAUGUAAACAUUUGUCAACAUAUCGUCAAGAGGAUGCCCAUGAGUUCCUUCGUUACCUUAUUGAAAGUAUGGAACGGUGCUAUUUGUCCGUUUUAGGACAUGCUGCUAAAUCUCUAGACAAUUAUUCUAAAGAAACUACACCUAUUAACCAAAUUUUUGGUGGUUAUAUCCGCACUGAAGUAACUUGUGGUAAAUGUGGACACAUAUCAACUACAUUUCAACAUUUCCAAGAUCUCAUACUUGAUAUCAGGCAAUCUGAUAAUGUUAAUGACGCUUUAGACAAUUAUUUUGAAAAAGAACCAUUAGAUGAAUCAUAUGUUUGUGAAAGAUGUCGACGACAAGUUGCUGCCGAUAAAAAGUUCUCCAUUGAAAGAGCACCAAAUGUAUUAUGCAUUCAGUUGAAAAGGUACAGUGUUGGUAUGGGAGGAUUUAGUGGAAAUAAAAACAGUAAAGCUAUUCAAAUAAAUGAACGAUUAGAUUUAUCUAGUUAUCAAUUUGAUCAUCAUAAUUUAAAAAUUGAUGCUCGGCCAUUAAGGUACCAUCUGGUAUCGAUGGUAAUUCAUUAUGGUUCAAGUUUAAAUAGUGGACAUUACACAGCUCUUGGUCUAACACCCUCUGGAUCAUAUUACUAUUUUAAUGAUUCAAAUGUUUAUCAAACAAAUUUCAAAAAUUAUUCAACAAGUAAUGAUUCCUAUAUAAUAUUUUAUGAAUUGGAACCAUCAGGAAAUAUGAAUACAAAUGUAGAAAGUAAAACAUCAACUGUAACAUCUACUUCAUCUUGUAAACCAUCUAUAAAUGGCUUUUUUUCAAACAAGAGUAAUGGAGUUACAAAGCCGUUGAAUGGUAUUACAAAACCAUUGAAUGGUUUAAACAAUAUUAAAAAAAAUAUUAUCAAAGACAAAAAAAGUCAAAUAUAUGAUAAAUGGGAUUCAAAUAUUAAAAUGUUAAAACAAGGGCAAACAAAAGAUAAAUCACUAACUGAGAACACGUGUAACGUGUAUAAUAAAACAUUAGAAUCUUCAACCAAUGGAAUCAAAUCAUCAUUAAAUUAUAAUAGUUUAGUACCUUAUAUAGAUUCGGAUAAAGAUUGUAGUGAUGAUGAGAAUAGUUCAUUAUCUGGGGAAGAUAAUGUUUCUUCUCCCAUGAUAUUAGGAAAAAUUAAACACUCGACAGACCAAAGAGUUCCUGAUAAAAAGCCUUUAGUCAUGAGACCAAAGGAAGAUCCUAAUGAAGUUGAUACAGACACACCACCUAAAAAAUGUUUGGUAUUAAAACCACCUAAUGAUGAUUCUCCUAUCGAACAAGAAAAAGAAAUUAUGCCACCAAAAAAAUGUUUAGUAUUGAAGCCUAAAGAUGAAGAACCAUUAGAAGUUAAACAUGAACCCGAACCUGUCAAAAAAUGUUUAGUUCGAAUUCUAAAAGAUGAUACUGAAACAAACACUAAUAAGGUAUCUCAUUCAACUGAAGGAAAAGAUUCAGAAAAAAAAUACCGUAAGCGUGAAAAUGGAAUUUUGGAAUUGGAUAGUAAUAAAAAAGCUCGUCUUGAUCACACUUAUAAUGGAACUAAGUCACCAAUUGAUAUCAAAACAAAUGGAAAAUGUUUAAAUGGAAACGGGUCUCUCGAUGAUAAACCUUGGAGUAAGUUAUCAAAUGGUAAUAACUAUAAACAUUCAAACGGAACAAAAAACUGGCCAAAGUUUACAAACGAUUUUCAAACUAAUGGUAUUAGUAAAUCAAACGGUAACAAUUUCAAGGAUAGUAUGAAGUCAAGAACGCAUUUGGGUUUUGGUGGAGAUGUCAAAACUUGGAAUGGUGAAAAAAGCUUUGUAGAUCGAGAGGCUGAACAGGAUAAAAUUAAUGGAGUUAAGCGUUCAUUUGAUGAUGAAUACAACGAAGAUUUUGAUAGAGGAGUUGUAAAAAAGAAGAAAUUUGAUAAUAAGAAUCACCAUACAAAAGAAAAUGGUUCAAAUGCCUUACAAAUGUUACAUAAUCAAUUAAAUCAAUUUAAUGGUAAAAAGGGACGAAAUAAAAUCACUUGGAUGAGUCGAACCAAAAAUUAUCGACAAUACAACAAUGAAUAUCGUUACAAUAAUAAUAGCGGAAAUGGCGGUGGAGGAUAUAAGAAACCCAGUUUAUAGGCUCUACUGAAGCGUCUGUUGUUAUAACAAUGUUUGUACUCCGAUUCUCACGCUCGGUUCCUAACUUCAGAACAUCCAGACUACAGUGUUGUUGUUGCUAUUAUUAUUACCAUUUUAUAUAUAUAUAUGUCUUCAAUCAAUAAGUCAUUAACGAAGUAAAUAUUUUGUUUUGACCUCAAAUAGUAAAAAUUUUGAUUUUUCUUGUAUAUAAAAUGUGUAAUUAAAUAUAUGAAAAAACUAUGCGUAUACAUUAUUACUUUGUUGAAAUCUUAAACGAUAAUUUCACUUAUAAUCUCAAAAUACUUAUAUGUAUAUCUAUAUAAUACUUAUAAUAUAAUAUAUACAUACAUACAUAAAUAUAUUCAUCACAUUUUAUUGAUGUAUUAUACUUUAUAAUGUAGUGA